AUGCUCUAUCGAAAUCUGGCCACCGCCUCAGAACCCAACCUCUUUGUGGCAGACUUCAAGCUGCCAUCUAACAUCCAGAGCCUCCUGGGUACCAACAAGGACCCCAGUUCCCAAGGCCCACCACAGACCAUCAGAGACAGAAGGUCAUGGGCAGCCUUUCCAAACAAGGACCAAAUUAGCAAGAUCUUAGUGGUUGUGAAUGAAACAGCCACAGAUCAAUUGAAGCUUCCAGAUGUUGUUGACAAUCAGAAAUAUAUCUACCAAUACAGAGAGGAGGAAGAGGAAGAAGAGUCUAAAGGUGGGAAGGAGAUGGACGAGCACACACCUGGUUCAAAGGACCAGUCAGAUGGCUUCUGUCACGAAAGAGAGGAAGUUCAAAACCUUGAGGCCAUGGAUCUGCAGAAAGAGGAUGGAAAUCCUGAGCUGCAAUCUAUGGAGGGAACUCUUGAGAGAAAGCAAAAGCUGCAAUUUGGAGGAAAGAAAGCUGCCUCCAGAGGCUGGAACUCGUAUCACACUGUCUUAUAUCGACACACCUUGUGCUUCUAUCAGGAUAGAAAGGAAACGCUGAGAAGUUCUGCGUGUGGCCUGCCGCUGAACCUCACUGGAGCUGAGUGUUCAUCUGCUCCAGAGUACACCAAGAAACCCAACUGCUUCCGUUUGAGGCUGCGUGAUGGCUCCGAAUAUCUGUUCAAUCCCUCGUCACGCUUUAUGUUGAACAAAUGGAUGACCAAAAUACAAGCAAACGCAGGUGCAAGCCAGUCUGUGUCUUCAUUGUCAAACAUCCCAGUAGAUCAAAGCAUCCCCAUUUCCUUAAGCCCCCCUCUGUGCUCAGGCUGCUAUGGUCUGGCCAAAUGCUACUGCUCCUCCCAGCAUGAUGUCACCUCCACGUUUCCCAGACGGAAACCCCCGAACCGAGCCAAAGACCUGGAUGUCCUCUCCAGAGAGUCCACGCGCUUGCCACUGAAUCCCCUAAGACGUUUGGAGGAACAUUCGACCAUGUCAUCCGCACAAGGACAGUCCUGCAAUGAUGAUGACGAUGAUGAUGACAGCAGCUGUAACCAAAUGGUGACUCAUAGACUUCAGGGAGGAAGUGAGGAAAACACCUCUUCCUCCCAUUGGUCCCCCCCACAGAGCAAUCAGGACUGGCUUACCAGCAAGGGUCGCUCCCACUCCUUCACUUCUGCAACCUAUCAGAAGAUCAAGCCCACGCGGCAGAUCUGCAGAGGCCCAGAGAAAGGGUCUAACUACAGUGUGACACUGGUGCUGGGAGAUAAGUCAUCAGACAGUAAAACCUGUGGAGCUCCACCGGCGGCGGUGGCCGGAUGGCAGCUGGACGCUUGCCCGCCGAGGAGCUACACCAGCCUGCCUCGGCCUCGCAACAAAUACGUCUUUAAGAAAUUCUUUGGCAAAAAGGACCUGUGACUUUUCGUCAGAUUGUCUAAUGUGCAGUGCACGUUUUUAAUUAAUAAUAUCUACUACUGACCAUAUUUAUAUUAUGCGUUGCUACCAGUUUUAUUUGAAUGUGUGAGAUGUUAUUUCUAAGAGUGUGUGUAUAUUAUUUUAAUACUACUACUACUCCACUACUUAGUUGGAGUUCAUUUUGCCACUUGUCUUAAUUUUACAUUUGUUGUUUUGUAUGGGGCGGCACGGUGAAUGGUGGAGUUUGCAUGUUCUUUCUUACGCUUGUGUGGGUUUUCUCCGGGUACUCUGGCUUCCUCCCACAUCCCAAAAAUGUAGGUUCAUUGAAGACUCUAAAACCAGGGUCAGCAACAUGGCACCCGGUAGUCCCAGGAACCACGAGUCACCCGCGGGCCUUUUCUAAAAGUUGCUCACCAGUAAUGAGAUAUUGUGAUUUCCUAGGACUGUUGAAGUGAUCAUUUGAACAUGUACACAUUUGCAGAGAUUUACAGAAAUAAAGUGUUGCUUACUGAUGUUUCCGACUUUGUUAAAUCAGGUUGAUAAAUAUUGUGUGAAGUCAUAAAGGGUGUACUCUGCGUCUUGCCCAAAGUCAGCUGGUAUAGGGACCACCUCCCCCAGUGAUGAUAAACGGCAUAGAAAAUGAAUGGAUGUGUUUGUAUGUUAUCAGUGUGCAUACAAAAUAGCUCUGCAGGAAGUACAUUUUGAAAGGACAUUUGCAUACUUAAGUGAUAACACUAACAAUAAAGUCAUUACAGUAGUGCCCACAUAAUUGUUUCCCUCCAGUGUCUUCCGCAUCCAGUUAAUUUCUUUUCACACAAAAACCUGCAGUUUGAUACUGCUUGUGUUGGUUUGUUACAGCGACCAUUCAUAAUAAAAA